AUGCCCAUCUUCCGCACCCUAACCACCAAACUCAAAACCUCACUCUCCGCCUCCUCCUCCCCAGACACCACACCCGUCCAAUCCCCCAUCUCGCCCCAAGCCUCAUCUCCCUUGUCGUCAUUCGAGCGACUAAGCGGCCGCAAGCAAGCCUCAGGCAGCACGACGGCCGUCGAUGCCACGGCAGGAGAGCGGCCGCAGGCGCAAGGGCGGACAGACUCGUUUAUGACGCAUCAUGGGGGCGGAGGCAGUAACGAGAGUGUUGUGGAAAGGAAGAUGGUGACGAUGACGAAGCGGACGAGUCGGUUUAGGGAGGAGUUGGAUUUUGAAGCUGAAGAAUGA